AUGAAAAUAUGUAUUCGAGCAGUCGAAUACAAGCCGGCACAAGUGGUAGAACAAGGUGAAGAGCGCAUUCGUCCUCGCAAAGGCACAUUCUAUGGUGUCCAGGAAAACCCUAAUGGUUUCUCCCUGCAAGAACUGGAGCUCUUCGGCAUGUUCAACAUGAGUGCUAAGGCAUCGAAAGCUGAGGAGGCAACCCAACCAGAUCUGCAGAUCACAACAGUCGUAUCCCGAGAACACUGGAUCAACACCGCAACGCAUCUUAGAGCCGGUACCGUGAAGUUUGACACCGGCUAUGAUGCAAAUCGCGCAAUUUCCGUGACGGCGAUCCUAUUGUCGGAAGCGCAGUACCUGGGUAACGAGACAAGACCAGACGUUCUAGGUUAUCCAUUCUACAAUAUCAUGCUUGUAGAGACCGUAAGAGCAAGAGGUGGUGUAAAGUUUAUGGAGCGCAUAGGUCUUGGUAGGAUAUACAAGUAA